UUUGGCAGCUGAAGUGCAAAACAUCUAGGUCAAAAACAGGAGAGGUCUUCACUGCUAAUAUAAUAAUAAAGAUGGGCUGUUCCCCACUGAAAGAUACUUAAGGGAUAGUUAAAAUGGAAUAUAAGAAAUAUUUGCCAGCAGUAAGAAUACAGGGGGCUUUGUCUCCCUUGGAUAUUCAGAUGUUGCAGAGAUGGUUGGUACAGCUGCUGUUACUUUGGAUACUUAAGAAUCAACAAUUUAGGAUUGCCAGAGUGAAAACUGGAGAUGUUUUCUGUAGCUUUUUAUUGUUAUUUAAAGGGAAUUUGAGCAGGUCUUGCUUGUUGUUACACAGCCAGUAGCAUGCUUAUAUACUUAGUGGCUAAAAUGCCCUUUACUCUACACAGCAGUUAGAAAUACAGGGCAACCUGCAAUUUUGACUCUGGCAACUUUAAACAUAGAAGAGAUGUGCUUGAGUGGUGAUUUCAAUCAACUGUUAUUUAGCUGUCUCUUCUUUGACCUGAGUACAGAUAGCUAAGCAGAUUUUCUCACUUUGUAUUAAGGCAUGAAAAGGCAUGACUCACUGGAAAAAAAUAAUUCUGGGAAAGGUGGAGAGAAGCAGAAAGACAUGAAGACUGCAUGCUAGAUGGAUGGACUCUAUUAAGGCUGUCACAGCCGCAAACCGAGGAGGAGAGCCGCCGAACGAUUGGGCCGGAAGCGCCGGUGGGCGGGGUCUUCCGCAGGAAAGGAACAACAACGGAGAGCCGCUCUAGGCGCUUCUUCGACUGCUCCGGGAGGCCGGAAGCGGAAGCCGGGGCUUAGGCCGGCUGGCACUCGGAAGCCCCUCGAGGCGAUGGCGGCGGGUCGGAGUUUGAGCCGCUCGGAGCGGAAGGCGGUGGCUCGCGCCGAGUCCCUCCGCCAGGAAGAGCAGCGGCAGCGGCGGAGACAGGUGUCACAGAUUCUCCAUAAGCCAGCCACAGAGCGGAGUGCUGAUGAGACUCUCUUUCUGUCUGGAUGUCAAGAGAUUGUACGAGAUUUGGAGCGGCUUCGCAAGAAACGUGAGAGACUGCAACACCGGUUGGAGGAGGUUUGUGAUGAACCUGAUGAGUUGAAGAGAAAAGUCAGCAAGCUCUCCGAAGUUGUGCGAGGAGCUAAGCAUCUCAUCAUAUAUACAGGAGCUGGCAUCAGUACAGCAGCUUCAAUUCCUGACUACAGAGGCCCAAAUGGGGUGUGGACUAUGCUGCAAAAAGGAAGGAGUAUCAGGGCUACAGAUCUGAGUGAGGCAGAGCCUACACUCACCCACAUGAGCAUUGCCUGUUUGCACAAACACAAGCUGGUGAAGCAUGUGGUGUCACAAAACUGUGAUGGUCUCCACUUGCGCAGUGGGCUCCCUCGGGAAGCUCUGUCUGAGCUACAUGGAAACAUGUACAUAGAGGUUUGUACAUCCUGCGCACCCAACCGUGAAUAUGUGCGAGUGUUCGAUGUGACAGAGCGUACAGCCUUACAUAGGCACCAUACCGGCAGAGUAUGUCACAAAUGUGGGACACAACUAAGAGAUACAAUUGUACACUUUGGGGAGAAGGGCAUCUUGCAACAACCCUUGAACUGGAAGGCAGCAACAGAAGCUGCAAGCAAAGCUGAUGUGAUCCUUUGUUUGGGGUCUAGCUUGAAGGUUUUGAAAAAGUACCCCCACUUGUGGUGUAUGAGUAAGCCACCCAGACAUCGUCCUAAACUCUACAUUGUAAAUCUCCAGUGGACACCAAAGGAUGACCUAGCUGCCUUGAAACUUCAUGGGAAAUGUGAUGAUGUGAUGAAAUUGCUGAUGGAUGAACUAGGACUUCCCAUCCCUUGCUAUGACAGAACAAAGGAUCCAAUCUUCUCCAUGGCUAUUCCUCUACAACCUGAAGAAGAAGGCAGUCAUAGCCGCAAACCUGUGGCCCUACCAGCAAGUCUCCAUGAAGUGCCACUGGGAGAGCAGCAACAGGUGCCUGCUGUCACCUCCUCUGCUGGCUGGUUUGGUAGAGGCUGUGCAAAAGGCACCAAAAGAAAAAAACUGUCUUGAUUAUGAACACUUUUUAAAAAAAUCUCGGGGACCAAUUGAAGGUGCUAAAAUCAGGAUAGAAGAUUACAUCGCACUGGAUUUGGCCAGGAUUGCUGGGCUAACUGGAAAAACCACAGCUGCUAUUUUCAUAGAUGUUUUAUAUAUAAAGAAACAGGCCAAAGCUUAGCUUGGUUACUGCUGUCUGAUGGAGAGGUUGGCAUUUGAUACUCAGGGCUGCCAAUUAAUAAAUAUUAUUAAAAAAAAGUAGAGUAAUAAAAUGGCUAUUUUUUCCCCAGAGUGCAUCCAU